AUGGCAUUAACAUCUGUGCAUGAUGUUCUUGAGGUCGAGAAGAGAAUUUCCGCGAUAAAUGAGAAGCGGGAGCAGCUUGCGCUGCGAUUGAAGAGGGCACAAGAGGUGAGCGUGGGCGGCAACGGCGGCGGCAAUCACAAUGUGGGUGAUGGCAUCAUGGAUACCAUGGGCACUGAUGUAGACAGUGAGGAGUAUCUUAGAAGCAUUGCUAAGGAUAUUACCAGCAAUGCGACAUCGUUGGAAGGAAUACGCAGGCUGAGGACCAAAUAUGGUGCGCUGCGGGUUCUGGACGUGCUUGAGAGGGCGUUCAAACAGCGGGAGACAAAAGAUUUGGCCUUGGUAGAGCUGGGAUCUUUGCGUGAGGAAAUGGAUGGUUUUGAGGAGGAGACCUCAUUGCAAGAACUUGACCGGGUCGGCAAGAGGGUUGCAUCUGUGCGCGAAAGACUAGGCGAUGAUUCGGAUGAAGGAUUGGCCGCGUAUAACCAGUUGAAUGGCGCUGUAUCUUUGCGAGCCAAAGUGCUCUGUGGUCAAUUCAAAGAUCGCCUGCUGGAGUCGAAAUGGGAUACUUCUGCGACUAUAUCCAGCGAUACGAUGGGAGAUCUGAGACGUAGAUCCACGGAUCUUUAUAAAUUGUCGUUGUUGAUUAUAGGUAACCUUAACCAUAAUCAAUCCUCCUUUUUUUGGAACUUCCAAUGUAUUGCUAACAAUUUUGAAAUAAAAUUUACCUAUCACUUUCAUGACGAUUCCUUGAAGAUGGAGACAUUUUUCAAAUACAUGAACGAUUACCUGAAUAAAAAUCUUUAUAGGUGUAUCAGUAUAUUUCACGAUGAGGUACAUGGAAUAACAAGACAGUUAAUACAUGAGCAAUUCAUCGAUCAUGUGUUGCAACCGAUAAGAGAAAAAGUUGUAAGCGGUUUAUCUCAUGCUGACAGCAAGGUGCUGAUAUCUUUGAUUUCUGAAAUUCUAAAUACAGAUAAAAAUUUGGAAACCUUCUUUCAUUACCAUGGAAGGGGCAUGAUUUCUCUGGUGCCUGCAGAGAUUUGGGAUAUGUGGCUUGCUUACGAAGUGGAAACGGCCACAAACCAGUUCGAUAAGCUUAUUUCGAAUCCGAAGGAAAUGGUUGAGUCAUCAUCAGACUUUAUCAAGCUCUUAAAUAAGGUCUACAGCUAUUUAAAACCGUUUUAUGGUUUGGAAUUUGAACCUCUAAAAAAGUACAAACUAUUGAGCUGUUCCCAGAUUUUUAUUAAGCUAUCCUCUCUCUAUCUUGAUCGCCUGCUGACUAUUAACUCUUUAGGGGACACACACACAGGAGAGGAUGAAUUGAAUCAGACGUUAAUGAAGCUGCAAAAUAUCAACAUUGUUUAUGAAAGAAUCAUAGAAUUAUCGGAGGAAUAUAUCUUCAUUCAUUUAACAGAUGUUGUUAACGAAUGGGAAUCAAAAAAUUAUACCACGUUAUUCCAAAACGUUCUGGAGGACUACAGGAAAAUUAUGGAGGAAAGUGUCCAACCAACUGUUGUUCAUAGAGUCAAGAAGUUAUUGAAAGAGUCAUUGAGAAAUUACUUUAAGUUAGGAGUUUGGUCAACGGUUGCAAAUCCGGAUUCUGAUACAGCAACAUCAGAAUUAGUUGACGCAAUAAAAUUAAUCACCCGAAUAAUGAUGAAACUAGACUCUUUAUCCAUUCCGUUAGCAGUUUCAACCUGUAUUAAGAAUGAACUCUUGAAUAUAAUAGUCAACUACUUCAUCGAAUCAAUUUUAAAAUUGAACAAGUUUAGCAAACAGGGACUAGAUCAGUUUGAAUUAGAUUUCCGGACAAUUAGAGAUGCUUUGAAUCUCUCAAAUGACAAUACCAAUGCACAAGAAGGUGUCCUUUUUGAACUUGUCAAAGUGCUUUCGCUCAAAUACGACCCGGAUGGACAAAAGUUCUUCGGAACUGCCUAUAUCAAAGAAUUAAAUUAUCGUGAUCUGAAGAAUCAUUUGCGUAUCAAGACACUGACAGAUUUCGAAAUUCAAGAUGCACUUUAUAGAAUAGCAUAUGGAAACAUUUUAUAG